AUGGGAAGAGCACCCUGCUGUGACAAGGCCAACGUGAAGAAAGGGCCUUGGUCUCCCGAAGAAGAUGCCAAACUCAAAGAUUACAUCGAGAAUAGUGGUACGGGAGGCAAUUGGAUCGCUUUGCCUCAGAAGAUUGGUCUUAGGAGAUGUGGGAAGAGUUGCAGGCUAAGGUGGCUCAACUAUUUGAGACCUAACAUCAAACAUGGUGGCUUCUCUGAGGAAGAAGACAACAUCAUUUGUAACCUCUAUGUUACUAUUGGUAGCAGGUGGUCUAUAAUUGCUGCACAAUUGCCGGGAAGAACAGACAACGAUAUCAAGAACUAUUGGAACACGAGACUGAAGAAGAAGCUUCUUAACAAACAAAGGAAAGAGUUCCAAGAAGCUCGGAUGAAGCAAGAGAUGGCGAUGAUGAAGAGACAACAACAAGGACAAGGACAAGGCCAAAGUAAUGGUAGUACGGAACUUUAUCUUAACAACAUGUUUGGAUCAUCACCAUGGCCAUUACUACCACAGCUUCCUCCUCCUCAUCAUCAAGUACCUCUUGUGAUGAUGGAACCAACAAGCAGCAAUUACUACCAAACGACACCGUCUUGUAACCUUGAACAAAAGCCAUUGGUCACACUCAAGAACAUGGUCAAGAUUGAAGAAGAACCGGAAAGGAUAAACCCCGAUCAUCAUCAUCAUCAAGAUUCUAUCACAAACCAUUUUGAUUUCUCCUUCUCUCAGCUGUUGUUAGAUCCCAAUUACUACUUGGGAUCAGGAGGAGGAGGAGAAGGAGAAUUCUCUAUCAUGAGUAGCAGCACAAACUCACCAUUACCUAACACAAAUGGUGAUCUCCAUCAACAUCAACAGCAAGAGCUUCUUCAAUGGAUUGGGAGUAGUAAUUUUCAGACAGAAGCAAUCAACGAAAUGUUCUUAAACAACAACAACAUAACGAAUCUUGAGACCAACGAGAACACGAAAUUCUAUGGAAACUCAUCAGUAGCCGGAACCGGAGCAGCUUUGGCCGGAGGAACGACGAGUACAUCGGCGGAUCAAAGCACAAUAAGUUGGGAGGACAUAACCUCUCUUGUUAACUCCGAUGAUGCAAGUUACUUCAAAGGGCCAAAUCAUGUUUAA